GUGGUGGUGGGGAAAGUGUGCGUUUUCUCCAUCUGGCCUUAUCCCGCACCUCCAUGUCAUCAUGAUCCUCUUCUCGUCGCGCAGCGUGCUGCUGUCAGUCUACUACCCGCAGAUCUUCCUCAUCCUCACCAGCGGCAGCUACCUGGCCCUGUCCUCCGUGGUGGCUCUGGGCGCCAACAUCAUCUGCAACAAGAUUCCCGGGCUGGCACCACGUCAGCGAGCCAUCUGCCAGAGCCGCCCGGACGCCAUCAUUGUUGUGGGCGAAGGCGCCCAGAUGGGCAUCAAUGAGUGUCAGUAUCAGUUCCGCUACGGACGCUGGAACUGUUCGGCGCUGGGGGAAAGGACGGUCUUCGGUCAGGAGCUGCGUGUAGGCAGUCGGGAGGCGGCGUUCACCUACGCCAUCACGGCGGCGGGCGUGGCCCACGCCAUCACGGCGGCGUGCAGCCAGGGCAACCUGAGCCAAUGCGGCUGCGACCGGGAGAAGCAGGGCUACUACAACCAGGAGGAGGGCUGGAAGUGGGGCGGGUGCUCCGCCGACAUCAAGUACGGCAUCGAGUUCUCCCGCCGCUUCGUGGACGCCCGGGAGAUCAGGAAGACGCCGCGUCGCCUGAUGAACCUGCACAACAACGAGGCGGGGAGGAAGGUCCUGGAAGAAAGGAUGAAGCUGGAGUGCAAGUGCCACGGCGUGUCGGGCUCCUGCACCACCAAGACGUGCUGGACGACGCUCCCCAAGUUCCGGGAGAUCGGGUACGUCCUCAAGGACAAGUACAAGGAGGCGGUGCACGUGGAGGUGGUGCGGGCCAGCCGCCUGCGCCAGCCCACCCACCUGAAGGUGAAGCAGACUCAGGGCUACCGCAAGCCCAUGGACACGGACCUCGUUUUCAUCGAGAGGUCGCCCAACUACUGCGAGGAGGACGCGGCCACGGGCAGCGUGGGCACGCGGGGCCGCCUCUGCAACCGCACCUCGCCGCACACGGACGGCUGCGACCUGAUGUGCUGCGGGCGGGGCUACAACACGCACCAGUAUACCAAAGUGUGGCAGUGCAACUGUAAGUUCCAGUGGUGCUGCUUCGUCAAGUGCAACACCUGCAGCGAGCGGACGGAGGUCUUCACCUGCAAGUAGGACACCAGGAGGAGGGGGCCACCUUUCUUGUCCCGUUAAGAAGCGGCCUCGGCUCUUCACUGCACCGUUUUGCACACCACAAUCGGAAACAAACACCAGUCGGAGAUCCCCCCCCCCCCCACCCCUGCCCCAACAGGACGUGAGGAUGUACGCGGUGGCGUCACAGGACCGGGGCGCACGAGUGACGUCACGGGACAAUUUUUAAAAAAAAAACGGCGCAGGACUCGGCACGUAAGACUUGACACGUUCUCUGCAAGGUGGACCAAAAAACUCUUGUUGCUGCCAACUGGAACACGGUGGAGUUAAUGUUAGUCUUCCAGUCACACUGGAACUUGUCUGUUGUGAACACUGAAAAAUUAAAUGUUUAUUUAUGUAAUAGUAUCUUUAAAAACAAAAACAAAGCACUAACGGGUAGAGAUGUCUUUUUUUUUUUUUUGUACUAAGUGUAAGGAAAGUACUUUAGGAACUCUGACUGAAGCUGUCUGGCCUUGAGGCGGCGUUCACACCCGGGCUUCCAACACACUGGUCUUUUUGUCAAGGGAGGAAAAGCCUUCUCAGAUGUGGAUUUUUCAUUUUUAAAAUUUUUGUCAGAGUUACAAAUUAGCCCUAUUAUGCAAAACACAAAUGUCCACUGCAGAGGACAUGUAAGUGUCAUGUCUGUUGUUCAUGUUUUGUUUAAGUCAUGUUCUGUUUGG